UAGAAUCCUAUCGUUUCUAAUGUUUGAAAGCCCUAUUCAUGUACAUAGCGUUAAAUGAUAACAUGUUUUUACAUCCUCGUGUUUUCCUAGGACCACGUGUGUUCGUCAUCCACGCAGGAGAAGACAAGGACUCAUUUGUCCGCCCACUUGUCAUCAACCUCCUACAACAGGGUUUAGCCGAGACAGACAUUUUCUUUGAUUACAGUUCCAUCAAACCUGGUGACAACAUCAGGGAGAGGAUACUUUCAGCGCUAUCAAGUCAAACUUUAGAACUUGCUGUCGUUGUUGUCAGUUCAUCAUUACUUAACAAGCACUACUGGCCUAAAUUUGAGUAUGAAACAUGUCUGCGAAAAAGGAAACGAAUAUUCCCCAUUUGGUUUGAUGCAAACAAUGACAACUUUAAGGCAUUCAGUGAACAAGUCGGAGAGUACUCUCCCACAUUGAAACAGCUCGUUGCGAGACGUGUGCAGAGAGACAAUGUUCCUGCUGAGCUGCCAGGCAUCGCUGCUGAGAUCAUACAGCAGCUCUCUCCUUUGGAAAGUGGCGUUUCGGACCCUGCAGGUUCGCAUGUGCCCAUCGACCUACAAGGACCAGAGAUGACAGAGUUGUAUGUUAAAGCCUGUCGCGAGGGGUCGCUACCAGUACACAACACACGUGCCCAGGUGGUGGGUCAGUACAGGUCAGGGAAAACCUGCUUCAUCAACAGGCUGAUGGGAGAACCGGUCAGGCUGGACGAACCAAUCACGGAUGGGAUCAAUAUCACACCUGAUGUUCAAACCAAGGCAUGGAAGCAGUCACGAGUGGAGAUUGAUGAGUUCGGCGCUGGAAUGGCAGGGCUGCUGCUACAGUCGCGACAGGAAACUGAGACCUCGGCAGGUGAUACAGAAUCUCCAUCAGAGGACGAGAGUUACGAGUCCGUUGUAACGACAAGUAGUUUGAUGCCGCGAGAGGAGAAGUCCACAGAGUCACCUGCGACGACUUCAUCAGAUGAUACUACACAUCGUCUCGGCGAAAGCGAAAAGCUACAAGAUACAGCAGAGGCGUCAUUUCGACCGUCAGCAAUUCCCAGCAGUGUCUCGGAGACCUUGAAGAGAAUGCGGGAUGCAGGCUUUUCGGAGGAAGACCUUGGGACUGCGGAAUACCCACGUUUGUCUUUCUGGGAUUUCGGCGGCCAGGCGACUUACUAUGGGACCCACCACUGCUUCAUCACACACCUAGGAAUCUACAUCCUCGUCAUGUCUCUGCUGCAGAAACUGUCAGACCCUGUACCAAAACAGGACCACAAGGCUUCCGUGGACAACCUGAAAACAGGAGGGGGUACGUACUAG